AUGAUUAUACCGAAGAUGAUCCAUAGUGUGACGAAUGUGAUUGAGAAGUCAGAACAUAAAAUGAAGAAACGUGAAUGUGUAGUUGGAAAUGUAUCUCGUUUCGAAUUAACAGAUGCAUUUUUAACCGAAUUAUUAUCAUCAAAUGGAAAUUGUAAAUCAAAAUUAGAUUUUUGUGAUUCACAAUUGUAUGAUCGUUUAUGUUCAAAAUUAUUGUUAACAACACCAUAUGAAAAACAAUAUUUGGGAAGAAUAUGGAAAUUAGAUCAUGAUAAAAUACAAUCAGAUGUAAUGGAACAAUUUUAUAAACAGAUGUUAAAUAAAUACGUGAAAGUCGAUGUUGUUCCAAGUCCUGAACAGAAGUUACAUCAGUCAAAACCAAACGACAUUGAAAAGGUAAUGUUUAUUAAAAACAAAUAUUAUUUGUUUACUGCACAUGAAAAAGAGCAACGGUGGUAUCUACCUUCUUAAACGUCCAAGGUAAAAUACACUGCUUAUUAUACCUUCAAAAAAAUAACAUGUCAUUUAUCCCUUUCAGGACCGGUUUAAUUUUUAUAUCUACAGUGCUAUUGAAAAGUUUAAGACCUCUUUUAUUUUGCAAUAUCUCGGCUUCCCUGACAGAUAGAGACUUCAUCCUUUCGUCAAAAGAAAGCUAU